AUGAUUGACGCUGUGGUUGUAGAGGAGGACCUAGAGGGGUGCCUGGGUGAGAUUGUUGAGAUUGUUGUCGCUGAUGCUGAAAUGGAAAUUGAUUUGGUGAAUUCGAAAGUGAAGAUUGUGAUCUUUGAUGUUGAAGAUAGGGAUGGGUCGCCCCUGGAAUUCCAAUUGGUGGUGUUUGUGGAACGGGCGAUGCUUGAAUCUGUGAAUUAUAUUGUUGUUGAUGAGGAGGUGGGUUGGAUUGGGUAUGCCGAUAUGGCGAGGGAACCGAAUAUGAACCCGUUGGAGAACGAAGGUCAUUCGGAGGAGGGGCUUGAAUGGGAGUAG